AUGCUGUCCACGGCAUCUGCUGCUCUGCGAGCGGGUGCUCGCCGCUGCGUGCGAGCCAAGGCUCUCCCCAGAUCCCAGUUGCGGACUGUGCCCGCCCGGCAUGGUUUCCGUGCUCUGCAGCAGAGCCGGGCCUUUUCGAGCUCCGCUAGCCAGUUCACCGACCUUAGCACGCGAGGACUCAUGAUCCAGGCCCUGAGCUCAAUUGGCUCGAAGCGCGAGGCCCAGCAGUACCUCUCCCACUUCACGUCCGUCUCGUCCCAGAAAUUCGCCGUCAUCAAGGUUGGCGGAGCCAUCCUCACCGACUAUCUCGAUGAGCUCUGCGCCAGUCUUGCCUUCCUCUACCAUGUCGGCCUGUACCCUGUCGUCGUCCAUGGCGCCGGCCCUCAACUCAACAAGUUGCUCGAGGAUGCAGGAAUCGAGCCUCAAUUUGAAGAGGGAAUCCGCGUGACCGAUGCCAAGACUCUUUCCGUCGCUCGCAAGCUGUUCUUGGAGGAGAACCUCAAGCUCACCCAGCGCCUCGAGGACUACGGCAUCCACGUCCGUCCCAUCACCGCCGGCGUCCUCUAUGCCGACUAUCUGAACAAGGAGAAGUGGGGACUCGUUGGCAAGGUCAACAAAGUGAAUACCGAGGCCAUCGAGAUGGCCAUUAACCACCGCUGCCUGCCUGUCCUGACCUCGCUGGCUUGGACGCCCGAGGGACAGCUCCUCAAUGUCAACGCCGAUGUCGCUGCUGCCGAGCUCGCCCGUGCACUGGAGCCCCUCAAGGUCGUCUAUCUCUCCGAGAAGGGUGGUCUCUUCGACGGCGAGGGUGGCAAGAUCUCUGCUAUCAAUCUGGACGAGGAGUUUGACUGGUACAUGUCGCAGUCGUGGUGCAAGUAUGGCACCCGCCUCAAGAUUAAGGAGAUCAAGGACCUCCUGGACACUCUGCCGCGCACCUCCAGUGUGGCUAUUAUUCACCCUCAGGACCUCCACAAGGAGCUGUUCACCGACUCUGGUGCUGGUACCCUCAUCCGACGAGGCACCAAACUGCUCACCACUGACAAGAUCUCCUCGUUCAGCGACAUUGAACAGCUCAAGGAGGUGCUCAUCCGUGAUCGUGACGGCCCGGAUGCCAGCAAGACGGUCGACACGUACAUCGAGUUCCUGAAGGAGAACCCCUUCAAGGCCUACUACGAUGACCAGAUGAACGCUCUUGCGGUCGUCUUCCCGCCCAACGCAGAGAGGGCACACGCCACUCUGGCCACCCUGACCAUCACCAAGUCUGGAUGGCUUAGUAACGUUGCCGACAACAUCUUCUCUGCCAUUAAGAAGGAUUUCCCCAAGCUUGUCUGGACCGUCAACGAGAAUGACGAGAACCUGACCUGGUUCUUCGACAAGGCCGACGGCAGUGUUGCGCGCAACGGCAAUGUUUUGUUCUGGUACGGUGUUGAGGAUGGCAAUGAGGUCGUCCAGUUCAUGAAUGACUUCACACAGAACGGCAGGUCCAUGCUGGGAGACUCGAACCUCGAGGCCCGACUUCAGCGUGCCGCCCUCAACGCCGCCCAGGCUCAGGCCCCCCGUGCCGCAGCACAACAGGCGCGUGGCUUCUCUACCAUGACCAGGACCUCAUGGCAGCACAGGUCGGCCACUCAAGCCCCCAAGGGCACCAGGGCAUACUCCAUCGGCCACAACCCCAUCAUGACCAACCCUAACCCGCCCCUGGGUAAGAAGAACGCGACCAACAAGCAGCCCGCCCGGGUGGCUCUGAUUGGUGCUCGUGGGUACACUGGCCAAUCUCUGAUUGCCCUCAUCAACUCUCACCCCAGCAUGGAGUUGAGGCAUGUCAGUUCCCGCGAGCUUGCUGGUCAACCCCUCGAAGGCUAUGACAAGAGCGACAUUAUCUACGAGAACCUGAGCCCCGAGGACAUCGUCGAGAUGGAGAAGCGAGGCGACAUUGACUGCUGGGUUAUGGCGCUGCCCAAUGGAGUCUGCAAGCCCUACGUUGAUGCGGUCAAUGAGGGCCGGAAGGCCUCUGGGCACAAGAGUGUGAUUGUGGAUCUGUCAGCCGACUACCGCUUCGACAACACGUGGACCUACGGUCUGCCCGAGCUGGUCCCCCGCUCGAACAUCCAUGAUGCCACUCGGAUCUCCAACCCAGGCUGCUACGCCACCGCCGCACAGCUCGGCAUUGCCCCUCUGCUCGAGCACCUGGGCGGCCAGCCUACCAUCUUUGGUGUCUCUGGCUACUCGGGCGCCGGCACCAAGCCUUCCCCCAAGAACGACGUCGAGAACCUGACCAACAACAUCAUUCCUUACAGCUUGACGGAUCACAUUCACGAGAAGGAGAUCAGCGCCCAGCUGGGCGUCCAGGUUGCCUUCAUGCCCCACGUCGCCGUCUGGUUCCAGGGCAUCCACCACACCAUCAGCAUCCCCCUGAACAAGACCAUGAACUCGCGAGACAUCCGCCAGAUCUACCAGGACCGGUACGCUGGCGAGAAGCUCGUCAAGGUCGUUGGCGAGGCGCCGCUGGUCAAGGCCAUCAGCGGCAAGCACGGUGUCGAGAUUGGCGGCUUUGCUGUCCACAGCUCGGGCAAGCGCGUUGUGGUGUGCGCCACCAUCGAUAACCUGCUUAAGGGUGCUGCUACGCAGUGUCUGCAAAACAUGAACCUUGCCCUUGGAUAUGGCGAGUACGAUGGUAUUCCGGUUAUAGAAUCUCCUCGCAAACCUCGAACGGUCGAGGUUGAUGAAUUGGCGUCUCGGUUGGUUCUGGCCCUUGGAGAGAAAGAGGCUGUCAGGGGUGUCACGUGGGUCUCUUAUCGUGAUACCGAAAAUUCCCCAUCAUCAACUUUAGAUCUGGUGGUGCAUCGCGCGACCUCUUCCGAUCUGGAUAAGACCACGCAAGAAAGGACUGGAGGAGUGCGCAAGCCGAAUAUCCGUCAAAAUGUCGAUGUUCCGGGCCAAGAAGCUCGACAUUGGCUCAUUUGUCAACAUCAGGGUCAUCCGCGACCACUCGAAGCGGAAGGCCUUUGCCGAGGCCGAGACGCAGAGGCAAGCGCUGCGCUACAUCAUCCGCAACACGACGCUGCCCACGAGGACGAGGGCCGAGGCGCAGCUGCAGCUGACGCAGAUGCACUGCUACACGCGGCCGACGCAGAUCCGGAACCGGUGCAUACUGGGUGGGAAGAGUAG